GCGGAAAAUGCUGUCAUGUAAUUUCUUUUUACUUUUUACUUCGUUUAUUUCGAUGGAGCCACAAUUUAGAAAGUUAUAGUCAUAGCAUUUAAAAGAAGAUCUUUGUGUAAAUUUCUUUAGAAUGUCCUUACUUGAGGAUAUUUUCCUCGAAGAUGAGGCUGCUGAAGCUCAAGACUUAGAGCGAGUCAUAGAGGGUGAUGAAUUUGACGAAAGACCGCGGUCACGUAGCGAUAGUGAUGACAACAGUGAAAAGGAAGACGAAGCAGUUGAAGAGAAGCAAAGAGUGGACCCAACAAAAGCUAAGCAGAGACGUGUUGUUAAAAAUCCUAGAUUCGUUCUCAAUCCCGCACGACUGACAGGCCCUAGGGGCAUAGCCUGUAUCCCGGAAUAUUUCAAGGAUUUUAAGUUCAAAGGUAAAGGCCAUGAAAAAGAAGACUUGGAUCUAAUACUUAAGAAACUAGAACACUGGGCAUAUAGACUGUAUCCUAAAUUCAAGUUUGAAGACUGCCUCAAGAAAAUUGAAGCUCUUGGCAAGAAGAGAUCAGUUAUGGUGCAUCUGCACAAAAUCCGUUCAGGCCAACUUGCCACUGAAGAGACAGUAGUUCAAAAAGACUCUAGUGAUGAGGAAGCUCCUGCUCAGGAAGAGGACGAAUUUGACAAGCUUCUUCAACAGCAGAUCGAAUUGGCCCAUGCUACACCUGCUCCAGAUUCUGUGAAGAAAGGAUUCAUGACUCCUAGCAUUGACAAGAGAUCACCACACUUGUUGUCAGCGCCGAAAGCAACCGCUUCACCUUCUAUAAGCGACGAGCAACGUGAACGUAUAAUGCGAAACCGUAGAUUAGCUGAGGAACGUAGGUUGGCGCGGUUAAAGAAUAAUACGUUAAAUAUCUCAACAAAUUCAAAUACGGAAGCAAGCACCACAAUUGAUCUAACUUCUGUUGAUAAAAGUGUAGACAACCAAAAUAACACACAAAACGAUAAAGGUACAAGAAUAAAAAAGACCAAAAAAUCAUUUGUUAUUGACUCUGAUGACGAUGAUGUUUCGAAUAGCGUAAAUCCACCAUUGGAACACCAUUCCAUAGAAAACAAGGAUGAUUGUAAUGUCACUGAAACAAGCCAAAUUGGUAACUUUACAAAUAUUAACAGUCAGAAUAAUAUAGUUGCUCAAAAUGAGGUAACUGAUUUGGUUGAUAUCACAAAAGGAUAUGAAUUUCGCAAUAAUAAAAGCAAUCACAAAAUUAACGAAGUCAUUGAUUUGGUUAACACUGAAGUGCAGGACAGUAACAUUAUAAUUGGGAAUAAUGACUCUAACAGUUCAGAUGAUGAAUGUGACUUAAAUUCUGUUAAUAUAUCCAUCACUGCUGAUGUUCACAAAGGUGAUAAUAAAAAUAGUGAUAUUGAAGAAAAUGACAAUAAAGGAAUAUUGGAAAAAUCUAAAGAAAUUUCUAAAGAUUUUGGUGAAAAAGAAUUAUCUGAAAAUAAAAACAAUUCAGUUAAAGUUUUUCUAAAUGAAACUGGAAUAAGCCAAGAAAAUGUACAUGCAAUUGAAGAGAAUACAAAUUUUCAGAACGAAAAUGUAUCCAAUGUCAAUGAAUUUGAUACAAUUGAUAAAGAAAAUAUUGAUAGUAACAUUGCUCAAAGUCUUGGAUUAGACGACUUGAUGGAUAUCGAUUUCUCCAAUGAUUUCUAGCUAACACACCCUUUGAAAUUUCAUGGUGUCCAAGGUAUAGUCAGCUAACAGCAAGAUCUUUAUAUUUGGACCAUGCUGUUGUACAUGACAUACAGAUGAAUUUAAAUCGAGAUUAAGCAACAGACUAUAGGCGAAACAUUGUGUUUUGUACUAGCGGCGGUAGACAAUAUUAGAUUAGCACAUCUUAUUUCAAUUACCACUGUUUUAUGUCAGAAUUUCAUAUCGGA